AUGUUCAUCUUGACUAAGAUCGCGGACCUGGUCCAAAUAACACCGGAAGACUUCGACAAAGAAGCCUCCCAGGCAAUCGAAGACAACAUCAACGCAAAGUAUGCCAACCGCGUGAUCCAGAAGAUAGGGCUCUGCAUUUGCCUCUACGAUCUUCUGUCCGCAUCCGAGGGGUUGAUCGGCCAUGGGACUGGGCUUGUUAAUGUCAAUGGUACGCCUAAACCAUAUCCUAACUCAACUUAUGAUUUCAUAGCUGACAUAUAUUGUCUGCUUGUCACAGUGGAAUUCCGCCUCAUCAUAUUCAGACCGUUCAAACAUGAAGUUAUACUUGGGAAGAUCAGUAGCGCUACGCCUCAGGGAAUAAGAAUCCGAACAAAUUUCUUCGACGAGAUUUUCGUCCCAGCGGAGCGGCUUCCCGAGGGUGCUUCAUUCAAUGAUAAAGAGCAAGUCUUCACCUGGGAAACCGAGGGCGCUCUCUUAUACUACGAUAACCAUGAAACGGUGCGUUUCCGUGUUGAGGACGAGCACUGGCAUGACCAAGCCCCCACCAAGCCCGGAAAUGAGGAGCAGGAAACCAAGAAGAUGAGUCCGUUUACGCUUACGGCUAGUAUGGAGGAUUCGGGGAUGGGGCCUUGUUUGUGGUGGGAUGGGGAUGAUGAGGAGGGCGAGGAGGAGAUGGAGGAGUAG